CAUUGCUGAAACAAAUUUUGUUUUCUGUUCGUUUUUGCGUCAGUAAUUCAAAAACUUUAGUAACGGUGGCGUGUUCUUGUCCUCUUCUGUCCAUUGCCCCCAAAAAGUGCCAAUAAUUGUCCUAAAAACCAGUCUGAAGAGUGAUUUUUGUGAAGAAAUGUACCGGAACAGCAGCACAGAGAGUGAAGAAGAAGCAGGGUUUACAGUUGGAGAGCCGACUCUUGCGGAAAUAAAAGAGUACUUCAGCAGUCAGUACUGCACAGCUGAAUCCAGCAGCUCAGAUUCAAGUGGGGAGCUCUCUGAGAGUUUUGUGGAGCUGCUGAAUAAACGUGAACAAGAACUGAACAUGGAAAAGCAGUGCAAGUACCCAUUUAAGAGAGUGCCAAGGACAUCGGAAGUGCCUCUGUCGCAGGAUCAAGAUGAGGCUGGUCCGAAGUGUUUGUGGAUGACAGGCAUAGAUGAUAGCUUCCUGGCUGCUGAGAAGCUCUGUGAGCAGACCCUAGAGUACAAUCGCUACAUGUCCAAGGAUAUGCCAAAAAGUGACUUCCCGGACAUCACUGUGGUGGACGAUGAGACAAUUCUCAAUGAUGUGGAGCCCCCGUCAAUGCUCUGUGAACAAACAAUGAUCAGGGGGACUCCUGGGAAGAUCACCAUGGGAAACCGUCCUUCAACAAUCCUCGAGGAAGCCACAAUCGCCUCCACAGAUGAAUGCAGCUUCUACACAGCAGAAAUUGCUAGGACGAUCACAAGAGCCUCCAGUGAUGAGUCCACAACGUCCACGAGGGAUCAAUCUGGAGAUGUGAUCGAAUUGUCUGAUGAGAGUGAUGAAUCGGAUGCAAUUUCCCAAGUUGCUUCUUCCGUUUCUUCGGCAGCUCAGAACUCAACAGAAGACUCGACCCAGGAAUCAGCCCAGGAGUCAACACUGAACAUCUCGAGGGAAUUCAAUGAUACCUUGGAGAAGGUUGAGUAUAUGCUGAAGAAGGGCGAGAAAUUGCUCAAGUCUCAGCCGAAUCCGAGUGGAAUGGUUACUCCUCCUGCAUCGAGCAGUUCUCAAGGAUCUGGGUCAUCUUCCGGAGCUGUGCUGAAGAAGACGAACACAAGUGGCUUCAAACAGCCGAGAAUCCCAUCAAAGAUACCACAGAUUCGAGGGAAGAAGUAUGAUUACGUGAAAAGCCCAAUUUCAGCAUAUAUCCACAAAACCCCAACCGUUCCACUUUUCACGGUGUCUAAGCCAUUUGAGGAGAAGAUUCGUGGAGCCAGUUCUCCCAGAACGGAUCUGCAGGAAGAGUUGAAGGAGAAUUUGAGGUCAGCGGGAAAUUCAACGCCUCCAAAGCCACGAAUCUUUCCCAAGAAGGCUUGUAUCUCGGCUCCCUAUGCCCUGAUCCGGGAUGAAAGAGAGAGCCCAAACAUUCCAGGAGGACCCAAGAUGCAUGCUCUCCUCGGGGACAAGGUCAAUCCGGAAAAGGCUCCGAUUGUGGUGCGAACCAUGGGAAAAUACAAAACAAUGCGUCUGCCCCCGGAAGUUGUAGAGCAAGAAAGGAGAAAGAUGUCCCUGACAGAGGACAGUAUGGCAGAGCUGUCAAUUGCAUCCGGAGAUGUCUCAAUUCACGUGGUUAAGGAUGCAAUCAAAUUUUAAGAAAAAAAAACAUGAAAACGUUUAUAACUUUAUUAAAUUGAUUUAUCAGAA